AUGUCAAACGCCCUCACCAACAUUUUCUAUAAAUAUGUUGCAAGAAGAAACUCCACUUGGAUGGCUGGUGCCAUUCUUGGUGCUUUCGUUUUAGAUUCAACUGUUAGCGGUGCUGUUAACACUUUUUUCGAUUCAGUAAACAAAGGUAAAUUAUGGAAAGACGUUUAUGCUGAAAGAGUCAAGAAAGGAAUUUCACAAUAA